UUAGUUUGUGAGGAUCGGCCAGUGGCGCCCACCAUCUCUGCUUGCUGAAAAGCUGCAGAGGCCGCCAGGAGCCCACGCACCUGAGACUUUUACCUUUACCCAGAAAGGAAUAAAAGAGGUCAGAUGAUGACAGCUGUGUCCUUAACAACCAGGCCCCAGGAAUCAGUGGCUUUUGAGGAUGUGGCUGUGUACUUCACUGCGAAGGAAUGGGACAUCAUGGUGCCUGCUGAGAGGGCCUUGUACAGGGAUGUGAUGCUGGAGAACUAUGAGGCUGUGGCCUUUGUAGCAGUGCCACCCACUUCCAAACCAGCUUUGGUCUCUCAUCUGGAGCAAGGGAAAGAGUCCUGUUUCACCCGGCCACAGGGAGUCCUAUGCAGGAAUGACUGGAGAGCAGGCUUGAUAGAACCUUUAGCACAGUGUUGGAUACAAGUUGCGAGAGUGGACAUUCUUGUCUUAAUCUUCCGGGGAAAGCAUUCAAUCCUUUACCAGUGGAAAAACCUCAGCUGAGAAUGAGCAUCUGACAUCAAAACAAAUAAUUUCUGAUAAACACAAAUCUUGUGGCAUGGUAUCAGGUGAAUAUCUGAGAGGGGGACCUGAUAUUCAAGAUAAUUUGCAGAUCAGAGGGCAAGUUAGAGAGACAUAAAAGAAAUUUCACAAGGGAUGAAAUGAAUAAAAAUGAGAAAGAUUCUGUGAAGGAGAUAAUCAGUAAUGAGAAACUUCAUAUGGAAAAUACAAGCCAUUCACAAAAGAAAUUAGAAAGAAAUAUUAGUGUUCUCAGCAUGAAACACGUCUGCAAGGACCAGGUAUAUAGAUUUUCUAUAAAUCUGAUGUGUGGGACAAACAUUGCAGUCACAGUUCAGACUUUUUUCAGCAUCAGGAAAACUACACUAGAGCUCCCUCAAAUGCCAUCUCCACUUCUCUCCUCCUUUCUGUGAUCUUUCCUGGACUUACAUAGGCCCUUUGCCCUUUGUAAAUUUCAUACUGCCUUUUACAUUCAGUCUUACAUGGACCCUCCUCCACUUUGCAUUGUUACCUUUCUGUAGAUGGCCACAGCACACUUGCUGCUCAAUUUUACACCCUGUGGUGGACGUAGGUUUCUGUUGUAGCAAGGGCAAGAAGCAACGAUUAGGUGAAAAAAGGUCAGGAAAUAUGAAUAUAUUUCCACUGUAAAUGAAUAUAUAGCAUGACCAUUUGAGUACAUUAGAAGAAUGGCAGAAAUGAGUGAUUUCACUCAACUCAGGAAGAGAAGAAUUCAAAUAGAAACUGAAGAUAUUGCUGCCAGAAAUGGACUUUUUAGAGAGGUGUUUAUGCCUUGACCUCAUAGGAGGCUGUAACAUAGUAUAGUAAAUGGGAACUGGUCCUCAGUUUUACUUUUUCAGGGUUGAUUUCAUCUGGGGUGCCACAUUGAAUACUAGCCACUGAGUUCAUUUGACAUUUCACAGGAGACUGAAUUGUUAAACAAAAAGUCAGUUUGUGGCUGGGCAUGGUGGCUCAGACCUGUAAUCCCAGCACUUUGGGAGGCUGAGGCAGGAG